AUGAGUGCUCUCGCUGUUCUUCUUCUGGCAGGCCAGGCGUCGGCCACGUACCUCUAUGUCGCGUCCUACUCAGGCUUCGUGUCGACGCUGAACCUCACCGAGACUGAGAGCGGCACCGACCUCGACAUCAUUGCCCAAGACAACAACUGCGGUGCCAUUCCAUCGUGGCUCACCCUCAAGGACGAUGGGACAUUGAUCUGCGUCGACGAGGGCUGGCGGACCUGGCCAGAUGGCACGACAGCCAUCUAUUCGACCAACGACGAUGGCUCACUCUCGCUGCUGAGUGCUGUCAACGACGUACUUGUUGGUUCUGUCAGCACUGUCGUGUACGGUGAUGACAACUCCCACUUCGCUAUUGCCCACUACGCUGGUUCCGGUAUCUCGGCUUGGGACAUUGCCGACCCUUCGGCCCCAUCCAUGAUCCAGCAGGAGCUGUACGAGAUUGAACAGCCCGGCGCAGAUCCUGAACGCCAGGAGGCCGCGCACCCUCACCAGGUCAUCACGGAUCCUACCGGAAAGUACGUCUUGGCCCCCGACCUGGGCGCCGACAUUGUCCGCGUCUACUCGAUCGCCAGCGACGCUACACUGGAGCCUGAUGAGCCUCUCGAGGUUCCUGCUGGCAGUGGCCCGCGCCAUGCUGCCUUCGCCGUCAUCGACAAUGCCACGUAUCUUUACAUUCUCAACGAGCUCGCCAACACAAUUCUUGCAUACACCGUCACGUACACCGACAGAGGCAUGUCCUUUGACGAGAUCUACCGCAGCAGCAUCUAUGGUGAAGACGGCCAGGUCCCCGAGGGGGUCACCAGUGCCGAAAUCUUCGUCACGCCUGACCAGAAGAACGUCAUCCUCUCCUCCCGCAUGGAUAAGUCUUUUGAAAUUCCCGCCUUUGGCGGAGACGGAUCAGUUUCCUCUGACACCUUGGCCAACUUUGCCAUCGACCAGUGCACCGGUGUGCCAGAACUUGUCCAGACGGUGCCUGCCGGUGGCAUUCAGCCUCGCCAGUUCUCCACCAACGCCGAAGGCUCUCGCGUCGCAGUUGGCCUGCAACGCGAUAGUCGCGUGGUCAUUAUCGAGCGCGAUGUCGAGACGGGCAUGCUGGGCGACUCUGUGGCGUGGCUUGAUGUCGAGGGCGAGCUCGUCUCCGUGAUCUGGAAUGAGCUUUGA